AUGGGGUCCCAACUGGCUGGUUUUCGCCGGCAUUCAAACCUGCUGGGCGAGAAGAACAAAGUCCUGGUAGCAAACAGAGGCGAAAUACCAAUUCGUAUCUUCCGGACGGCACAUGAGCUCUCAAUGGCGACAGUGGCAGUCUACUCGUACGAAGACCGGCUGUCGAUGCAUCGGCAAAAGGCGGACGAGGCGUACAUGAUCGGGCGCGAGGGCCAGUACACGCCGGUCGGCGCGUACCUGGCCAUCGACGAAAUUCUGCGGAUAGCGCGAGACCACGACGUGGAUUUCAUCCACCCAGGCUACGGGUUUCUUUCUGAGAACGCUGAAUUUGCGGCGAAGGUGGAGGGGGCCGGCAUCACGUGGAUAGGACCGCCAGCGUCUGUAAUCGAGGCCGUGGGUGACAAGGUGAGCGCGCGCAAUCUUGCGGCGGUGGCCGAUGUGCCGACCGUCCCGGGAACGGAAGGCCCUAUAAGCUCAGUGGAAGAGGCGGAGGAGUUUGUGCAGAAGUACGGGUACCCUGUGAUCAUCAAGGCGGCCUUCGGCGGUGGUGGACGCGGGAUGCGCGUGGUGCGGGAGGGUGACGAUAUCCGCGAUGCCUUCCAGCGUGCGCGCUCCGAGGCGGAAACAGCCUUUGGCAAUGGCACCUGCUUUGUGGAACGUUUUCUAGACCAACCCAAGCACAUUGAGGUGCAGCUGCUUGCAGACAACUAUGGCAAUGUGGUGCACCUCUUUGAGCGUGAUUGCUCCGUACAGAGACGCCACCAGAAGGUUGUUGAAGUUGCGCCGGCUAAAACGCUAUCUAAGGAAGUGCGCGACGCGAUCCUCACAGAUGCAGUGAAGUUGGCCAAGGCGUCGGGGUACCGGAAUGCGGGUACUGCUGAGUUUUUGGUUGAUAAACAAAACAGACAUUAUUUCAUCGAGAUCAAUCCACGUAUCCAGGUGGAGCAUACUAUAACAGAGGAGAUUACGGGUGUGGAUAUAGUUGCUGCGCAAAUUCAAAUUGCAGCAGGUGCUUCUUUAGAACAACUGGGGCUAAUGCAGGAUCGCAUAACAACGCGUGGUUUUGCGAUCCAGUGCCGUAUUACUACCGAGGACCCCUCGAAGAACUUCCAGCCUGACACGGGAAGAUUAGACGUUUACAGGUCUGCUGGUGGUAACGGUGUGCGCUUGGAUGGUGGCAAUGCGUUUGCUGGGGCUGUCAUAUCCCCCCACUACGAUUCCAUGCUGGUCAAGUGCUCAUGCUCGGGCUCUACAUAUGAGAUUGUUCGUAGGAAGAUGCUGCGUGCGCUAAUUGAGUUCAGAAUUAGAGGCGUUAAGACGAACAUCCCCUUUCUGCUGACGCUGCUGACGCAUCCUGUAUUCAUUUCCGGCGACUACUGGACCACGUUCAUCGACGAUACUCCACAGCUCUUUGAGAUGGUUGCUUCGCAAAAUAGAGCACAGAAACUACUGCAGUACCUUUCUGAUCUUGCAGUUAACGGUUCUUCCAUCAAGGGACAAAUGGGCGUACCGAAGCUCUUAGCCCAGCCAAGUAUCCCACAGCUGCACAAUGCUAAGGGUGAGGUAAUUGAUGUUCAGUCCCAGCCCCCCGCGGGCUGGCGGCAGGUGCUACUAGAGCAUGGCCCAGAAGUAUUUGCGAAGAAGGUGCGUGAAUUCGAUGGAACAUUGCUUACAGACACUACAUGGAGAGAUGCCCAUCAAUCAUUGUUGGCAACUAGGGUGCGUACUUAUGACCUAGCUGCUAUUGCACCUACCACUGCACAUGCAUUAGCAGGAGCCUUUGCAUUAGAGUGUUGGGGUGGCGCUACGUUUGACGUUGCCAUGCGGUUUUUGCACGAAGACCCAUGGGAGCGCUUGAGGACACUGCGGAAAUUGGUGCCAAACAUCCCAUUCCAGAUGUUGCUUCGUGGUGCCAACGGUGUUGCUUACUCCUCUCUGCCUGAUAAUGCGAUUGACCAUUUCGUCAAACAAGCAAAGGAGAAUGGUGUCGAUAUUUUCAGAGUGUUCGAUGCGUUGAAUGACCUAGAACAGCUGAAGGUGGGUGUCGACGCCGUGAAGAAAGCGGGAGGGUUGGUUGAGGCCACUAUCUGUUACUCAGGUGAUAUGCUACAGCCAGGCAAGAAGUACAACCUUGAUUACUACCUGGAGUUGACUGAAAAGAUUGUUGCCAUGGGCACACAUAUCUUGGGUAUUAAAGAUAUGGCCGGCACCAUGAAGCCCGGUGCAGCAAAGCUACUGAUUGGCUCGAUCAGGGCAAAGUAUCCAGACCUCCCAAUUCAUGUGCAUACACAUGAUUCUGCAGGCACAGGUGUCGCAUCAAUGGUCCAAUGCGCCAUCUCUGGCGCCGAUGUUGUGGACGUCGCCACCAACUCGAUGUCUGGCUUAACGUCCCAGCCCUCCAUUACGGCUUUGCAGGCCUCAUUGGGUGGCGAUAUCGCGACGGGUGUAGACCCCGAUCAUGCGAUCGAACUAGACGCAUACUGGGCGGAGAUGAGACUGUUGUACUCAUGCUUCGAAGCGGACCUCAAGGGCCCCGACCCAGAGGUGUACAAACAUGAAAUUCCUGGUGGUCAGCUCACAAACCUGUUGUUCCAGGCACAGCAGCUUGGUCUUGGAGAACAGUGGGCAGAGACCAAGCGCGCUUAUGCCGAGGCCAACCAGCUGCUCGGUGAUCUUGUGAAGGUCACCCCUACAUCGAAGGUUGUCGGCGAUCUUGCCCAGUUUAUGGUCAGCAACCGUCUAAACUCCGAUGAUGUACGCAGACUUGCAAGCUCGCUUGACUUCCCAGACUCUGUCAUGGACUUUUUUGAAGGUCUCAUAGGCCAACCUUACGGAGGGUUCCCCGAACCCCUCAGAUCAGAUGUUCUCAGAAACAAACGCAGGAAACUGAAGGUCAGACCAGGUUUGGAGCUGGCACCAUUCGAUCUCGACAAGAUCCGCGAGGAACUGCGCUCUCGGUUCGACAACAUCGAUGAGUGCGAUGUCGCAUCCUACAACAUGUACCCGAAGGUGUAUGAAGACUUUAGAAAGAUCAGAGAGACCUACGGAGACCUGUCGGUACUGCCCACACAUAACUUCCUGUCUCCGCCAAAGAUCGGCGAGGAAAUCAUUGUCACCAUCGAGCAGGGCAAGGUGCUCAUCAUCAAGCUCCAAGCCAUCGGCGACCUGAACAAGGAGACUGGCAAGCGCGAGGUCUAUUUCGAGCUAAAUGGUGAGCUGCGUAAAGUAUCAGUCGCGGACAAGUCGCAAAAACUUGAAACCGUGUCGAAGCUCAAGGCAGAUGCCCACGACCAGUUCCAGGUCGGCGCGCCCAUGGCCGGCGUCAUCAUCGAGGUGAAGGUGCACAAGGGCUCCGCAGUGACGAAGGGCCAACCCGUCGCAGUCCUGAGCGCCAUGAAAAUGGAGAUGGUUAUCUCCUCGCCCAGCGACGGGCAAGUUAAGGACGUUUUCGUUUCGGACGGCGAGACAGUGGAGGCAUCGGAUCUGCUCGUCCAGCUGGAAGUCUCCCAACCCUAA